AAGGAAAUUAAUGGCCUUCGUGAAGUAAAGCAGCGAAAUGAAAUUCGUGUUGCCGAAUUAGUGAAAAACGCCGAAGAAAAAGAUACAAAAUUUGUCAAAGUCCGGGAGGAGCUUAAGCAGGAGUUAGAAGAUUUGAGAAGGGAAUAUGCUGAUUACAAGCAUGAAGCGUUGAAGGAACACGUUCAGCUGACUCAUGAACUGGCUGAACUAAAGGAGGAAAAUAAGGUUUCGAUUGAUGAGCAAACUGCUCUUGAGGAGGACUUGCAAAAGGCAAAUAGACGUGCUGAGAACGCUGAAAAUGAUCUUGUCAAGUUGCAGAGAAAGCAUAAGGAAUUAAGCGAAAAGUACAAUGAGCGAGGAAUUGUCUGGUUGAACGCUGCAUUGCAGGUUUCGAACAGUAUAAAUGAGCAUAUGAGUUUUACAGAGAAAUCUUUAAAGAGAGAAAAUGAACUGAAUAGUGAAAUUGUAAAGCUGAAGAAGGAAAAUUAUGUAGCAGAAAUUUUGGGUGCACAGCAGACUGCUAAAUUGCAGAGUGCUUUGAAAUAUAUGGAGGAUUCUGUUGCCAAAUUGCAGAACGAAAACCAAUAUUUUAAAGAAAACUACAUGAAGAAUCUGAAGAAUUUUUGUAAGGUGCAGAGCACACUUACAAAAUGCGAGAAGGAAACGUUAAGCAAAAGAAAUCAGGCGGAGCAUGAGCUCAACCAACCAAAGAAUCUUCUGAAGGGACCACCUAAAGGUCACACCACAAAGAGUGUUCGAAGUUCUGUUAAAGUUGCUAGUGAGAUCAACUUUUUGCGUAGAGUUUUAAACGGAGAGGUGUCGAUACAGCAAACACAUAUGCAACUUAUAACUGCUGGCGCAGAUCAAGAAUUCUCUGCAUUACUUUCAAAUUCCGCAUUAUGUAUUCGACUUGAAGAUAGCGCUGCGCUUUCAUGGGAGUUUUGUUACAGGCUUCAUAAGUCAAUACAGUACGAUGAUCUAAAGGUUGUUAAAGACCUGCAGCCUUACAAGUCACGUAUUGUACAACUUAGAAAUUACUGGCAGAACCUUCAUACGUCGUCUUACUGUUCGCCAAGCUCUGCCUACUGUAAACUUCUUAACAAUCGCCUUAUAUUUCUGGAAAAUAAUCGUUUUUUCCUUGGCAGUCUUCAGUUGCCAGAUCUGCAGAUGGACGCCUUGUUUAAUGAUAAUUUAGAAAACCUUUCAGAAAUUUCUAUUAAACUGAUGGACCAGAUAAACGACUUGUUGUAUCUGCAGUCCACGGUUUUUGAGGCAAUGGGAGUUAAGCCAUGGGACACCUCGAAUCCACGAAUUCGGUGUCUAUUAACGCCACUGAUUCUCGUCGUUGCUGACGUCAGUGCAGCUUAUGAAUUUUUAUUGAAGGCUUUUUCAAGAAUUCGUGAGGAGAAUCAUAAUAAAAGGUUUAGCGGUAAUCGAGAAAGAUUUAAAGCUCUAUUUAUUGAAAUAAAGAAAUUUUUUGAAGUGGCCGCAAGUCUAGAGUUUUUCACAGAGACAGUUGAGAUUCCUAAUUUGCCACAACAGGCUCCCGAUUUUUCUCAGAAGGUAUCUAGUGUUGUAAGACCUUCUGACACAAUCGACGUAAGGAACGAUCUUCCUCUUUCGAAAGCGUCAUUGAACGUUUCAGAAUCAACCUUCUAUGCCCUCUGA